CUUCGCGGAGCGGGGCCGUGGUCUCCUGGGGAGCGCGGUGAUAUUAUGGGAUGUUAGACCUGGAGGAAUGGCGCUGGGCGCGUGAUUUUGAACAAACACGAUCGGUCUCCCGGUGACGAGCGCUGUGUGUCUGGUAACCGGGGCCGCCAGCGCCGCCUCAGGCCCCAGGCGGCCGUGGUCCUUCUCCAUGCCGCCCGCUUCCAGCUCCGAGCGGCCCGGAACCCACAGCCGGAUCUCGAGGAUAUUGCUGCUGACCGCUGCCUGAUGACUUACAAUCAAAGGUACUUUCCUUUGCAAUAUCUUCCACGAGGGCUAGGUGAAACAAAACGGUCCAAUUCCUUGGAGCAUUCCAUAGUAACAAGGCCAGGCCAAUUCUUCGCAACACCAGGGCAGGUAGAACCUCGAUCCUGUUAAUUGUUAAAUUCAGAAGAAUGUCCACGCCAAGACAAGAUAACUAUCAUCAUGUAACAACAGAAGAUGUUUUGAGUCAAAAAUCUGAAGCAGAUUACCCAGUCCUUGGAGAGUAUCUGCAAUAUUAAGAUGGAAGUGGAGUCAGCUGAGGUGAACACGCUGCUACCUGAGGAGAUAAUGGACACGGUCAUCGUCGACGAUGAUAGUAUUGAGGCUGUCACAAUAACCUCAGAGCAUGGUGAUCCAGUUCCCAUGGAAACUGAGCUCGAGGAAAUUAUAGAUCCAAAUCAAGGCAAGAACUCCGAGAUUCUGUCGAGCAUUACAGACCAGGUCACCGUGUUGACAAAUAGUACUACACCGUUUGUUUUAAGUGACCCAAGUAUAAAGAUGGAAAUUAAUACUUCUGAUAGUACAUCAAAGGCUACUGGUAAAAUCAGCCUCCCAAGCACAACUGCUGGAACACCUAUAUCUUUAGCAGGAAAUCAGAUUGUCCUUAACCCAGUAUCCGAACACUCUGAUUACACCAUCUCCAACCAAGCUAUGAAAUCAGAACCAGUAGGGCAGCAACUGGUAGUGACUACCCUCGGAAAGUCUCGACAGUCCAUCGUACUUUCACUGCCACCAAGUCAAGGAGCUCACCUUCAAGUCUCAUCUCAAUUACCAGCAAUGGACCCACAGGGGCAGAAACAAAUAAAGGUAGUUACUCUUGGUGGAAGAGUUGAGGGAAAGACACUAACUGGAGUAUCAAAUAUGUUGGCUUCUGGAAAUACUUCUCUAAAUGCAUCAACUCCGCCUACACAAAAUCAGAUUGCCAAGAAAUGCACAUCCACUUCUGCUGCAGGACCAAUGAUCACAAAAUUCAUCAUUGCCAAACCUGUUCACAACAAGAACAUUAUAACAGGUAGAGUUCUUCCUCAGAAUGCGCUUGGAACUGCCCCAAACACUAUCACUAUUUCUGAAGGCAGUGCUAUUGGGUCCAAUUUCAACUCUGCAGCACAACAGACAGCCAACAAGAUUGCUAUCUCUCCUCUGAAGUCUCCAAAUAAGACAGUGAAGCCAGCUGCCCAAGGACUAACAAUGGGAACAGUGAAUGCUACCCAGUUCAAAACCAUCAUUCCUCUGGCAACACCACCCAACGUUCAGCAGAUACAAGUACCAGGGAGCAAGUUUCAUUAUGUACGGCUAGUUACUGCAACGACAGCCAGUGGCACCCCUCAGACGGUCAGCUCUAGCUCCAGCGCCAAUACACAACCUUUAGCACAAGCUAAGGCAGUUGUGCUGAAUCCACAAGUUCGUAUGUCUGUCCCAAUUGCACCAGCACAGGGCAUUAAAAAUGUGGUUCCUAAACCCAUUGGCAGCACGACACAAAUAGUUACUACCAGCCAACCCCAACAAAGACUCAUUAUGCCUGCAACUGCACUGCCACAGAUCCAGCCUAACUUAACGAAUCUCCCACCAGGCACUGUUCUGGCACCAGCUCCUGGAACUGGCAGCAUGGGCUAUGCGGUUGUCCCAGCUCAAUAUGUUACACAGUUGCAGCAAACCUCCUAUGUAUCAAUAUCCAGUAACAAUGGGUUUUCUGGAACAUCCAACAUUCAAACUCAAGCAAAGCUCCCUAUCAAUGGGUCAUCGACAUCAGAGUCAGGAACCCGACCUAGGAAACCUUGUAAUUGUACAAAGUCUCAGUGCCUCAAGCUAUACUGUGAUUGUUUUGCAAAUGGAGAAUUUUGCAAUAACUGCAAUUGUACUAACUGCUUCAACAAUCUGGAACAUGAAGCUGAGCGGCUAAAAGCAAUAAAGGCAUGUCUUGACAGAAAUCCAGAAGCAUUUAAACCUAAGAUUGGGAAAGGAAAAGAAGGUGAAUCUGAUAGACGGCACAGCAAAGGAUGUAACUGUAAAAGAUCGGGGUGUCUGAAAAAUUACUGUGAAUGCUAUGAGGCAAAGAUCAUGUGUUCAUCAAUAUGUAAAUGUAUUGGCUGUAAAAACUUUGAGGAAAGCCCGGAGCGGAAGACCCUAAUGCAUUUGGCGGAUGCUGCGGAAGUGCGUGUCCAGCAACAGACGGCUGCAAAAACAAAGCUUUCAUCACAAAUAUCUGACCUAUUGACCAGAACAACGCCAGCAGUUACAAGUGGAGGGGGAAAGUUGCCAUUCACAUUUGUGACAAAAGAAGUGGCAGAAGCAACUUGUGAAUGUCUUUUGGCACAAGCUGAGGAAGCAGAGAAGAAUAGCCAGACAAAAGCUGUCACAGAACGCAUGAUCCUGGAAGAAUUUGGACGCUGUUUAAUGCAGAUUAUAAACUCGGCAGGAAAAGCUAAAGGAGAUGCUUGUGCUCUGAGUUGCUGAUCCACCAAUUGCUGUCCUGUGGAAAUUGAACAGGAAAAAUGAUUUGGGAAAACUCAGCUGAUGGCUUUUCUUUACAUUAAAACUGAAGUGUUUUGGGAUUGCCAUGAUAUUUUACAGCUAUAUGGUUAGCGAACUUUCAAUAAGUCAGAUUGUUCCUUUUUGGCAGACUUUGUGUGCAUUGUCUAACUGAGGUGCCUUUUUUAAACUUAAUGCUUAGAAUACAGAGUAAGUAGAUUUUAUGAUGUAAAAUCAGUGUGUGAAUAUGCAAAACUGUUGUGAAGAAGACACUGUUUUCAUGCUAGUGGUGACAUUUUAUAUACUUUCCAUCCCUCUAUGCAAGGUUGCUUUCUCUUUGUUGACCACCUUUUCCCCAGGAUGUUAUUGCCACUUUGGGCAUUCUGACCCCUCAGUGAAAAGUUUCUGUUAGCUUGUGGUACGUUCUGUCUCUGGAUUUGACAGUGGAAGAUCUGAGUACUCUACCUACAAUUAAAGAUACCCUCAGAAAUUGCUUGCCAAGAGCAUUUUGAGGGUCAAGUUUUUGACAAUGACAAUUAAAAAUGUAAAAGAACCUGAGGAUGGAAAUAAGAUUUUGUGUGGCUGAAAAGCUUUUGCAUUACAUAUAUUUUUCGUGUUAAUGUAAAUGUGUGUGUCUCGCCUAAUGAGAUGCAUCAUCAAUAAUUAAGUCACUUGGUCCACAGCACUUUGAAAAUCUGUAACUUACUGUGUGCUAGUAAUGAAUGGACUGCAAUGGUGCUUUAUCACACUUUGAUCAACUGAAGGCUUUGCCCUAUAUCGGACAUUGCAGAAUUCACGUAUGUAGGUAUAACCGAUUAACAUUGAUUUUCACCAUCACCAUUUUGUAGACCUCUGAAUGAAACUGCUAUUUAAGAUCAUAUGCUGGCACUGUGGAGUAGGUUGUCUGUGUAUAUGUGUCUCCUUUGCUCGCCAAACCCCCCCUUCCACUCACCACCACAUCACACCCUCACACUUUUCUAUUAUGGCCAAUAGUGCGAUGGGGAGCUGCCACAUCGAGGCACAGGCACUUGCCUGUCAAAGAGGAGAACAGUAAAGAGCUGUCCCUGGAUUUUUACAAAUAGUAUUGGCAGAGGCCCAGAAACAAAUUCUCCAUUAUGAACAGAGGUCAGGAAAAGGGGAGAAAAUGCUAGAACAGUGAUCUUUUAUCUUUACAAAAAAGUCGAGAGAAACAUAAUCUUGUCCCACAAGGGUCACCUAACAUUGUGGAAAAAAACAAUUUUUAGGGUAAUUUUUUUAUGUAAAAGCAUAUUUGCACAUCCUUUUUCUAAAGUGUGCUCUGUUGAAUAAAGUUCCUAUAACCAUUUCAAUGAUUAACGAAUGGAGGUAAGAGCCUGAAAGUGAGUGCUUCUCUUUGAACAUGUCAGAAUUUCCAUUUACAAUGACAGUGCAAUAUGCAAAAAUUCAAGGCACACCUUUUUUAAUCUUAAAACUAUUUUUGAAAAGUGUAGGCAAAACUGAUCAUUUCCCUUGUUUUAAUUUGACAUUUUUUUAAAAAAUGUUUUCUAAAGAAUUACUACAUAAUUCUGCUGUAGAAAGACAUGUUGCGGGUUUGCCUGUUUGAAUCAAAUUAGUAGUCAACUUCGUGAAAUUUGGUACCAGCAGUGUACAGUGUCCUAAUCUUCACAGAAUCUUUUUGUUAAUUACUGCUAUUUUCAUAUAACUUGAGGAAUAGUCUGUUAACAUACAGAACGACAAGGAUGUUUUUAAAAGGUAUUUUUACAGAAUGUUAGAACAGGGUAUUUGAUGCUAAUUACAGUCUAUACCUGCCUUAGAUUAAUUAUUCUGAGUAAUGGUGUAUAAAAUGUAUAUUAAUGGAUAAGUGGUUUCUCAAGCUUGUACUUUAUCAGGUUUCAAGAGGGGAGAAAGUAUUGUCUUUCUCUACUGUACCAGGAAUUGAAAUGCUAUACAAAUUUGUAUAUAUUCUGUUUAUUUAGUUUCUGCAGCUGUAUUAUGUAUAUUUAAAUAUUGUACACAAAAAUACUUUUGGUUAUCUGAAUGGAAUUCAGAUUUACGUGUGUAGAUUGUGAAAAUAGUGUGGAUAUUGCUGUGGGUGUUUUACUGGUUUUAAUUUGAAGGUGCAGUUUCCAUAUCUUUCUGGUGUCUUCUGUACUUCAUUUUAUGUAACAAAAAAAUUUCUUCACGCUAAUCAAAUACAAUGCCAGAAGCUUUUUGUAACAACCCAAAUAUUAAAUUAAUUAAUUGCCUUCUAUGUCACCUUUGAAAGCAGAAGUAUACUUUUAUUUAUGUUAAAUCCAUUUGUUCAGACUUGUAUUUCAUGCAAACUGGGAAGCCUAUGAAAGAUGUAAAACUUAAGGUAAUACUGUUUGUAUUUUUGUAUUAGUGAUUUAAAUACCCUGUGACAGCAUAAACUGACAGCCAGAUAAAUGGGCAUCAAUCCUUGACUGGAUAAUUCGAGUAAGCACUUCAGAAAACAACCAUCACGUUUGGAUAUUUCAAACAAAUACUUCAGGAUAUACGUUUUCAAGUUAAAAUGUAAAGCAAUAUUUGUUCUCGGUACUGUCUGUGAUGCUAGUAAUAUAACUUUCUCAAAUGUAUUUGUGCUAUAACUAUUCACUGCUUGAGGAGAUUAGACAUGACAAAAUGCAUGAUUCUCAGUACAGUUUAUUGACUACUGUCAUUUUCCCAGCUAGACAGGUUCAAGAAAUGAAGUAGUCUGUUAACCCUCCAUUUCAGGAAUUACUUCUGAAGAGCAUUGUAACAGCUUGUUAUGAUGGUAAAGGGUCUGUCUUAAAGUAUUUGAUUGGGUAUUGACUUUGAGAUCAAUUAAGAACGAGUGCUUAAAUAACAACACCAAGAUAAUUAAUAUUUUAAAAAUUAACUUUAAAGUAUAUAUGCUAAAACACCAGCCUGUAACCUUUAAUGGAAGAAACUUCUUCUAAAGACUAGACGUGUUUUUUUUUUUUGCAGUGGGUGGAAUGGUGCAACACAUUGGAAUAAGUAGUCUGUGGUACAAUCAACUGGUGGGUAUGUAUUCUUCAUUCUCUGAUCUAAGUUUCAAUUUCCCAGCUGUAUUUCUGGCCCCACAGAACAUCCUCUACCUGCACCUGGGCAAUUUCUACCAACUGACUGGUGUCAUUCUGUUGUGACACAAUGUGCAGGUAACCCUAGUACUUGCAAUCUGUGCAUGAUCCAGGGGAAUAAAAAAUGUCAUAAUUUCCCAAAAGAAAGAUUGGAGAAGAUGUUAUCUGGUUUAACCUUUUUACUUUGUCUUUGAAUUUUCUGUCAUUCUUUUGGUCUGUGCACAUUCCUUUCUAGCCAAAGGAACAGUCAAACAACUUGAUGUACGUGAGAAGCGAGGUUUUGACAGUUUUCUUUUACAGAUGUCAUUCAGCUUUCUGUGAAUCAUAAAGUAACUGAGAUUUGACUUUCAUUCUACCCUGUCUGAAGCAGUUUGUUAAACUUGUCUACUAUUUAGCUCCACUGACAGUUAUUUCUGGGCCUCUUUUUCAAAAAGAAAAUCCAAAAUAGGCACUGUGUACAAGAUACAGAUUUGUGCUUCAGCCUUCAGUAUUGUAAUAAAACACCAAGCACCACUCUCUUCCUGCCUAUCCCCCGAGGAGAAGAGGAGCAGCAAGUUCUUGAAUGCCUUGCAACAGCUAAUUCAGAAUGGCAUUGGCAAAGACUUAGGAAGUGGUUAACCAUGAUUGGUACAUGGGGCAGAAGCAUGUGGUGGAAGGAUAUUGUUCCUUUUAUAGUAAACACUGCUUCAAAAGUCAUGCAAAUGUUGCUAGUUCAAGGUCUCCAAACAUGGGGGAAAAAAAAAUCUUACUUUGUGGUCCUGUUGUGAAUUUCAUUGAUAAUAGAUCAGAAAUCGAAACCUUUUUCCUCAUCCUACACCUAUAACUAUGCCCUGUCUCCUUUUAGUGACUAUUGACCUUUUAGGUACACCAGACUGUAAAUCACGUUAACAAAAAUUAUUCCGUAAUAUGAUUUGAGUUUUUUUUAGAAGUAUUGACUGGAUUUGCUUACUGUCCUAACAAAUCUGAUUAAAUCAUGAUAGUGUUACUAGUUGCACUGCGAGGGAGGGGUAUCAAAAGACUGGUGUGUGAAGUAUUUCAAUAAAAUAAAUUUAUGGAGGAGACGUUAUAUUGCACAACUUUCUGAUAUCAUUAAAGGACAGAAGAACAUUUAAUCAAUCUUAAUGUUUCUUUUUAAAGGUUAUCUAGUCACUUCUAUGUUGCUUCCAAUGCACAGCACUGUAAAAGUGACUAUUUCUAUGACACUAGGUCACAGUCUGACUGUGGAGCAACAAAGAAUUUUCAAUUGCUCUACAUUGGGGUUAUCUCCCACCGCUUGAACUUGACACUGUUCUGGCACUGAUGCCAAGCUGUUUGUCCUCCUCUGAACUUUAAGGAAAACUAACUUCACUUCAUUAUGUUCUGAGAAACUGGAUGUUCUAAUUUCUGUUCUAUAAUAUUUGAAAUUUACGGUUAGGGGUGAAAAUUUGCAUUUGUUAAGCACACUUGGUGUGCUUAUGACAGAGUAUGAGUUUGCAGUGCUCUGGUGCUGCUAACUGUAAAAAGGUAUCUGUGCUUCAGAUUGAUAAUGGCAAAACAAAACGUAGACCAUUACAUUUUCAUUUGUGUUGCUUUCCCACUGCUGCUUUGUGGAUUAACAAACCUUGUUACAUAUAAUGUAGUAUACUGAAACUGAUCUAUUUAAUCGCAGCUGCCAUCAGAAAGAUUUCUGACUGCUGCAUUGCUUGAUAAUCUGUGAAUGUCACAUUUGUUCAGCACAAAUUUCUGUGGAGAAUAAAUACAUUGUAACCACCCAACCACGGGAUUUCUAAUUCUUUAUCCUCCACAAUGUUCAUUAUUCCUCUCACUUGAAGGGAAUCAUCACCAUGUUAACCGUCACACACUUACUGACCACUGUGACCACUCUCAAGAGAUCUGCAGCAUUUUCGAUUUUUGCUUUUCUUGACGUUGGUAACUUUUGGAGAGAAAUCAAGAUUGGAUCAAUUUGAUUAAUGUCAAAUCAUUUAACCAUAAUGGCAUGUGCUUUUAAAGCAACAGCCACACAAUCAGUAUGCUAUUAAUAGGAUUUCAGUAUCUCAGCUGAAAAAAUGUACUAUGGUCAGAAUAAAUCUGAAUCAAAAUGUGUUGCUGGUGCUAAGCACCUGUUGUAAGGUUCAUUGGGUGAAUAGGUACUUGAUGAUUUUUCACUUUCUGAAGCUUUGUGUUAAUUUCAAUUGUAUCUGUUUAUUAGAAACUGAUUUUUGUAAUGUACUUAUGCCAAUUUUAUAUAAAAAUUGCUGCAUUUAUAAUAAAAGUGUAACUGGC